CAGCCCCAUUUCGAUUCGGGGUGCAGAAUGGGUGGUGUAGUAAUGUUGGCAAUUUUUUUUUUAAAUGUCACUUUUCCCCUCAACCCUACACCUUCCUCUUCAGCGUUUCACCUGUGAUGCUGAGCUGUCCCUUUAAGGGGUGGAAGCUGUGUGGGAGGUGCAAAUGUUGCUGAGUUCUGUAUCUACCCGUUUCAAGGGAGGCGGUGACUACCGGGUGAGAGGUUUAUAAAACGAACAGUGCGGGGAGAGAGAGAGAGAGUGUUUGAAGUGUGUGGUUUAGAGGCGGAAAGAAAUUAGGCUGUUGUGGGGCCGAUUUGAUUACUGAUCGCUCCCCCCCACCCCGUGUCAGUUUCAGUGAAACUGAUAGGACGCGGAAAAGUUUUGCCCAAACUUUUCAAAAAUUAUUUUUCGUUUUUUCUUCCCCUUCAAAUGAUUUUGGUGGUCCUCCAGAAUUUGGAACUAACUUCCUAGGUGUUUUUUUUUGCCCGGUCUUGUGGGGGAUUUUUGUUUUCUUUUGAAUUUUGAAAAGAAAGGAAGUGAAACAUCUCUCUCUCUCGGUGUGAGAGACGGCGAUGCCCCCCCAGGACUUACUGGACUAUCGCGCGGGCUUCGCACCCCCGGUGCCCCCGCACAAACCCAAGCGCAGCGGCCGGGCUGCCCGCACCCAGGAGCGGUUCCUCAAGUGCGUUUUGCUCGGAGAUGGAGCGGUUGGCAAAACUAGUUUGGUGGUCAGCUACACCACCAAUGGUUAUCCAACAAAAUAUGUACCCACUGCCUUUGACGAUUUCUCCGCUAUUGUCCACGUUGAUGGGACCCCCAUCAGACUGCAGCUCUGCGAUACCGCUGGCCAGGAUGAAUUCGACAAGCUUCGUCAUUUCUGCUACCACAAGACCGACGUCUUCCUGCUCUGCUUCAGCGUGGUCAGCCCCUCGUCCUUCCAGAACGUGACAGAGAAGUGGAUGCCCGAGAUCCGCCAGCACUGCCCCACUGCACCCGUGGUUCUGGCAGGCACCCAGUGUGACCUGCGCGGGGACGUGAAGGUCCUGAUUGAGCUGGCCAAGUGCAAGGAGAAGCCAGUGCCCCAGGCCGCUGCCCGGGCGCUGUCGGAGAAGAUGGGCGCCGUGGCGUACGUGGAGUGCUCCUCGCUGACACAGAAAAACCUGAAGGAGGUCUUCGACUUGGCCAUCGUGAGUGGGCUGCGCCACGUGGACGCGCGGGCCAGCAGCGAGCACCGGGUGACAGCGUUAACCACCAAGAAAAUGAGGACCUUGUCAAAAUCCUGGUGGAAAAAGUACGUCUGUAUUGUAUGACCAUUAUUCACCUUGUGGCUCUCGGUUAUUGGUCUUUUCACGAACAUGAUUGUGGAGGAGGAAUGGACGAUGCCAACUUUUGGAAGAGGCAUCUAGCUCUGUGUUUCUCAUCCUCAUGACAAGCCUGUUUUUUUGUUUGGUUUUUUUUUGCUGAUUUUUUUUUUGGUCAGGUUGCUGUCCCUGCCAGAUUUUGAGAGGAAGAUUUCUGGGGGGUGGACAGCUUGCCUUCAGUAUCCCCCAGGUGGGGAUGUGGCUCAAAGGGUGACACAUCCAGAAUCUUCUUUCUCUUAUUUUAAUUGCUUUUGAAGUCAGCCUCGCCGAUGAGGGAUGGGAAGGAAGGAUUUGAUCCAGAGAAUCAGGUGAUGUCUAUCAUAGUGGAAUUGCUGUAUGGAAUUCCUCCAGUGUGGAAGCAGGCCAUUGAUUCCACAUGAAUUGUCUGAAGAGCAUCCCACCCAGGCCCGUUCUGCUUCCCCCCAAACUGCCCCCAUCACUGAACUGACCCUCCCUCAUCCCAUCCUGUAAUCCCCACACUUCCCAGGACUAACCCACCCUCCCCGUACACUCUGGUCAAUUUAGCGUGGCCAAUGCUCCCUAACCUUGCCUUCUCAGGAGGAAACCCACGCCGAUACGGGGACAACGUGCAAACGCCAUGCAGUCACCUGAGGGUGGAAGCGCACCCAGGACCCUGGCACUGUGGGGCAGCAGCGCUAACCACUGAGCCAUCACGCUGCCCGUACUCAUGCGUAGAGGUAGCCAAAUGAGAACAGCUCUUCCCUGCCACCCAUGCCUCCCACACUGCAAUCCAUUGCAUCCCAAACCACCUCACACCCCACUGUGACCUCAUUUCAAGAACUACAAGAAAAGGGGCUAGUUAGUUAGUUAGCUAGUUAGUGGCACAGUUACUAUAACUUGGUUCAAACGGACGGCAGCUGUUAAUGACUCGGAUUUUGCGCCCCUGAUGUUUAGCUCACAACCCUGCUUGGGUUCUCCACAACCCCACACCUCCCCCCUCUCUCUCUGUCCAAGGUCUCUCAGAAAUUUCCCUCACCCACUUCCGUUUCACCAAAUAUCGGUUUAAUGUUAAAUAAAAACACUGUAAAUCAGAAACAAUUAAAACUUGCUGGAAAAGCUCAGCAGGUGUGGCAGCAUCUGUGAAGGGAAAUCAAGAACAAAAAAACAAUACAGCAUGGGAGCAGGCCCUUCGGCCCUCCAAGCCUGCGCUGUCAUAUUUUUGCCCUUCCAUACUUAAACUGUCUUCACUUACAAGAUCUGUAUCCCUCUGAACUGUUCCAAGGAAGGGUCACUGAACCUGAAACGUUAACUCUGAUUUGUCCUUCACAGAUGCUGCCAGACCUGCUGAGCUUUUCCAGCAACUUCUAAUUGUGUUUUGUUAUUUUUUUAACUUCUUUUAAUCACUUUUUUUAAAAUAUUGCAUUUCUGUAGCACCUUUUCACAACCUCUGGGCGUCCCCAACGUGGUUUUCAGCCAAUGAAAUAAUUUUUGUCUUGAAGGGCUGUCAGUGCCAUGAUGCAGGCGAUUGCCAAUUCGUGCACAGCAAGCUCCCACAGUCAGCAACAAUGGAACGACCAGAUCAGCUGCCCUUUUAUUACAUAGUGAUGGAGGGAUGGGGUGUGGGGAACUGAAAACAUCCUUUGCUUUGCUUCAGCAACAGUGACUGAGGGUGGGAUUGUUUAUGUCUACCUAAUUUAACUAUUAUCAGGUGCCAGUCUCUGAAAAGCCUUCUGUAAUCAGAGGGUUAUCUGAAAUUCUAUGACAAUCUGAUUCAAUUGUCAGUGCCUCAAAUGCUUUUCAAAUUCCUUCUUAAAUGUAGCAAGGUAGACUGCUAAAGAGACAGACAGUAGUAAAUGUUAUUGACAGCAAAGAGGCUCUUUUUGUUCUCUUGACACUGAUCCAUGUCUGAGGCACCGUUGCCCCUGACAACAACACUUUUGUCUACUCCAAAAUGGCCACCCUUAAAAUGGCCACAUCCACGAGUGUGAAUAGAUUCACUGCUGUUCACGUUUGCCUUCGACUUCGGGCAAUCAGUUCGAGAGCAGAUGCCUCCUUCUUCCAAGAUAACAAAGUGUGGAGCUGGACGAGCACAGCAGGCCAAGCAGCAUCUUCGGAGCACAAAAGCUGACCUUUCAGGCCUAGACCGUUCCUGGGGGUGGGGGGGGAAAUGUUCCAGCUUCUCUCAGUUCGUGUUCCGAAACCACUUAAAAGAUUAGCCAAUGUCGCCAUUAAAGUAGCCUUGAUUUUUGGAAAUGAAAACCGAAAUCGCUGGAAAAGCUCAGCCAGUCUCUCGACACCCCCAGGGAGAAAGCAGAGUUAGCAUUCUAGGGCCUGGUGACCCUUCUUUGGAACUGCUUGUUGCUGGGGAAAUUUUGGUGUGCGUGCUGAAAGAAACAUCUGCUUUCUUAUAUUGCUGGGUCUUGCAAGGCUUCUUACGGUGCGGUGGUAAUGUCCCUGUGUCUGACCCAGGAGGCCCAGCUUCCAAUCUGGCCUACCAUAACAUCCCUGAGCGGGUUGAUUUUUGGUAAAAACAUCAGUCUGUAACUUGGACCCGGAUUCAGAUAAAACGCUUGCCAGUCGGCAGGCCGAGAUCCACAAGGUUUGAGGUUAGGCCGGGGUGGAAACGCAGUCUUGUGCUUAAUACCCUCUUCCUGUCACUGCCGCCUUCCUCCCCCACCCCCACUUCAGUGACCGCAAUACGCGAAUGAUGGAAAGGCAGCCAGUGGCGUAACCCCUAGCAACCGCAGCCACCCAGGGACAAAUAAUUGGCAGAGGCCUACCGGGGCAGCCACAGCCAGGCUAAAUUUUAAAAACUGAUAGCCUCGCAAGAGGUUCCCUCUUUGGCUGCCAGAUCUUGCACUGGCUGAGUUUAGAGUCCUGUCACUUUACUAUGGUCCAUCAUUCGUCAACGUCCUUUUUUUUAAAAUUUUCAUAUUCAGAGCUGUCCCAUUUGAGGCAGCUCACCAAUUCAUUGCUGCUAGCAGGCCCCAUUGUUUGGCCUCCUAAUCUUGUAGCAGGCAAGGGGGUUGAUCCAGAUCCCUGUUUGGGCCUCGACUAGAGUAUUCCUCUGCCCGCCUAUGUUUUAAGAGUUCAGGUGAGGCUAGGGCCAGUGAGUGGCCUGGCCGCUCUGCCAACUUUUCCCAUUCUAUCUCAUCACCCACUUGCUGAGGUCCAUAGCCCAGCAGCGAUGUGAUUGGGACAGUGCCCACAGAUGCUGGAGGGGGUGGGGGGCAGUUGGGAGGGAAUUCGUUGGCGACAGAGGGACACAGAAACAUAACUCUGAAGUAGGCAUCAAAAGGGUUAAAUCCUUUCGCUCUGAGAACUCGAAAGUUGCCGGGUGUGGGCAGAAUUGGAAAUGAGGGCAAAUCAUAAAUAAAGUGGCAAUGUUUUUCCUUUGGUUAAUUUGACCGUGAGUACAAGGGAUGUGUGAAAUAUUAUAAGAUUGAGAGGAGGAGGCGGAAUCUCUUCUCUGAGAGGGUUGAGUGUCUUUGAAAUUCUUUGCCGCAGAGAGCUGUGGGGGCAGAGUCCUUGUGCUUACUUAAGGCUGAGAUAGAUGGAUUCUUGAUCAGUCGGGGAAUCAAGGGUUACAGGGAAAGGGCAGGAAUGCGUGCGUGAGGAGUAUCGGAUCAGCCAUGAUCUUAUUGAAUGGCACAGCAGUUGUGAUGGGCCGAAUGGACUACACCGGUUCCGAUUUCUGUGGUCUUGUGCUUCCUUUUUGCGGAAGCUGAUGGGGUGUGUGUGUGUGUGUGUGUGUGUGUAGUACAGUUAACGUGAAGAUUAUCGAAAGAGCACAAUGAUUGUCUUGAAUGAGUUCACACCUACAGUCUAUGAAAGCAUUAAUUGUGUGCGUUGGAACCAUUAUCAUCCAGGGAACUUUCUGUUUAACACACUGCUUUGUAACUUACUGGAACCUGGUGGGUUCCAAUGUGCUGGAGACGACAAAAGGAAAAUUAAAAAAAAAGCAUUUUGGAAAAUA